AGGAUAAGGGACCCUCACUAUACUCUCUCUCACUGAAAAGAGUGAACAUAAUCAAUGGAGAGAAGGAGUAGAUGUGAGAUGAUGAUGGUGAUUCUGAUGACCCUUUUGCAUUUUUGGUUGGCAUGUUGUGUCACUGCUUCAUCAUCAGGACCAAAGAAUCUCAACAACAUUGAGGAACAAUUUAGAAGAAACCUACUUGCUAAUGGCCUUGGCAGAACUCCUCCUAUGGGGUGGAACAGUUGGAAUCACUUUAACUGUCAAAUUAAUGAGAAAAUCAUCAGAGAAACUGCUGAUGCCCUUAUUUCUACUGGUCUUUCCAAGCUUGGAUACAACUAUGUCAACAUAGAUGAUUGUUGGGCUGAAUUGAAUCGCGAUCAUAAGGGUAAUCUGGUGCCAAAGAAAUCCACAUUUCCUUCUGGCAUCAAAGCUCUUGCAGAUUAUGUUCACAGCAAGGGUCUUAAGCUUGGAAUUUAUUCAGAUGCAGGGUAUUUCACUUGUAGCAAGAAGAUGCCUGGUUCACUGGGUCACGAGUUUCAAGAUGCGAAGACUUUUGCAUCAUGGGGUAUUGACUAUUUGAAGUAUGAUAACUGUAACAAUGAUGGAUCAAAACCGACUGUUAGAUACCCAGUUAUGACUCGGGCUUUAAUGAAGGCAGGUCGUCCAAUUUUCCACUCGCUAUGUGAAUGGGGAGACAUGCACCCAGCUUUAUGGGGUGCUAAAGUAGGAAAUAGCUGGAGAACUACAAAUGAUAUUAAUGAUUCAUGGGAAAGCAUGAUUUCAAGGGCAGACAUGAAUGAAGUUUAUGCUGAUCUUGCAAGACCUGGUGGUUGGAAUGAUCCGGACAUGCUUGAGGUGGGAAACGGAGGGAUGACGAAAGAUGAAUAUAUUGUUCACUUCAGUUUAUGGGCCAUUUCCAAGGCUCCUCUUCUUCUUGGUUGUGAUGUUCGAAAUGUGACUAAAGAGACUAUGGAGAUAGUCUCUAAUAAGGAAGUUAUUGCAGUUAACCAAGAUCCGCUUGGUGUACAAGCUAAGAAGGUUAGGAUGGAAGGUGAUCUUGAGAUUUGGGCAGGUCCUCUUUCAGGGUACAAGGUAGCUCUUGUGUUGCUUAAUAGAGGCCCUCAACAACGUCAAUCCAUUACAGCCAACUGGGAUGACAUUGGCAUCCCCCCAAAAAGUGCUGUUGAAGCAAGAGACCUUUGGGAGCACAAGACACUGAAGAGACCAUUUGUGGAUAAGUUGACUGCCACAGUGGAUUCCCAUGCUUGUAAAAUGUAUGUGCUGAAGCCAAUAGCUUGAGCUCUAUAACACAUUUGGAGCAGCUUUUCUUUUGUAGUUUGUGAACUUGUAGAUCAGCUUCACUUCAAUAAACAUUCUUCAUGAUCCUGCUUCUAAUGAUCAUAGAAGUUUGCUGCCUUAUUUUGGGCACCACCUCAAUAAAGAAUGCUUUUCUCUGUUCUUAA